CCAGUUAACAACCACCCUGUAUAUUUCUGAUAUAUCAUAUAGGUAUUAAACAAUGUGCCUACAUCUGCUAAACGUUUCGUACACGUUUUUGGAAACAUGCACGAAUUCUGUAAAACAUAAUGUAGCGUAUCUGUACUAAACAGUAAAUUAGGAACAGUCAGUGACUAAGUCAUUAUUUAAUGCAACAUAUCGAUAUUUCGCAACCGAAAUUAUAUAAUUUCUCUCGUUACGGUCAGGUAGAUAAACCGGAUUACAAAACAUUCGAAUUCACACAGCAGUCCGUUAACUUCUGUAACACGUAGCAAAUGUGUUUUCCAACAUAGCACAGAUCGGACAUCAGGCAAUGCUCUUUCUCUUCACGGAGGUCACGUUGGUUAAAUUUUGCAUGUUUUUCCUAACAGUGAUUAUACGGUACAUCGAGGUGAAAGACAUAUAAAAGUUAGAUUUUCGCACAUCCGCAUCAUAUUGGCUGUAACAGCCAACUACGUUGCCGUAAUAUCGCCAGUUUCGUUCACUUGGCGCGUAACAUUUCCGAACGAAUAUUCGCAAACGAAUCCUUCGCACUGGCUAUUUCGCUGCACUACAUUUACGCUGUGAACUCGCUGCAAAAUUCUAUGACAGGCAAAGAAAAUGACGAUGGAAGACACUUUAAAUACAGAAUCUCUUGUGAAGAGUAAUAGUCUUUUAUUCGUUCAUUUUGAACUAAUUCGCUUGCUUAUAUACUAUUUCUGGUUUUUAGGGGAGUAUGGAUUUUUGAUAUGUCAAUUUCUCAGGUAUGUUAGAGUGAUGGAAAUAGAAAUAUAAAAUAUCAUAAUACAAACCACAGAAAUAAAAUAGAAAAUACGUAAAGUUUCCAGUGUACACGAAGCUACUUUUUCAUUAUCUUCAUCACUUUCACCGCUAUUCUCGAAUAAUAAAUACUCAGUACGAUUAAUUCACGUUGAAUCGAUAGAAAAAUGUCAUUACGUUAUGAAGCUGUACGUCGCGCGAUCCACCGAUCGUUCCGACCUACAUACGAUACAAUUUCCAAAUUUGCUUUCCCGUUGCCUAAAAAAGAAAGGCAAAGCGAAUCUUUUUCCGAGCUGUACUUUCAGAACCACUCGCCUAAGAAAAAUACGACGAAACACGAAGCACUAACCGCGAAUCAAUAUAUACUCUUCCAAUCAACCGUAUCGCCCAACUUUAGAUACACAUUUGCGCCCUCUUCAAAAAAUAGGAACUCGGCCAGCAGGAGAUUAAAGAAAACCGAUAUGUUUGCCGUACGUGGAGGUCCAUGUCUGUUGAUACUUCUGGCUAUUUUGGCGCCCGUGAGUUUCGCGACGAGCAUUAAUUACGAGGAUCUGCAACCAGCGGCUACCUUUCAUUUCCAUCGACACGAGGAACGUGGUGGUAACGAUCGUUACGCUAUUCACCGAGGCAAAGCUAGUGAUCACGCCGAUACGGGCUACAAACGUUAUCACGAAGCGGACAAAGUUACCAGAGGUCACGAUAACCUGGACAAAGGUUACGGGUAUUACGACGAUGAUGGCAAAAGGAAGACAUACCAUCAUCAUGACGACGAUCGUUACGAUAAACAUCACGUAGGUAGGGAAAGUGAAAAGGGUGAAAAGUUGGUCGACAAUGGCCAUUAUGACAAUGGACAUAGCACUCAUGGUCGUCACGAGGUAAAGGAAUUGGACGAAUAUCAGAAUCACAACGAGCUUUACGACGAAGAGCAUGAUUCUGAUUUCGACGAGGAAGAUGGCGGUUAUCGUUAUGGUCACGAGGAAGAGAAAGGUGGAGAUUAUAAGGAUGAUCGUCACGACUAUGAUGAACACGAGGCGGAUCAUUAUGGUAAAAGAGAUUAUUACGAGCAGGGACACGAUUGCAGAGAUCAUAAGGGAUACAGUGGCGACCAAGAUCACCAAGAUUAUUAUUACAACGAUUAUCUUGACGGUAAAAAAGAUUCAAGUGAUCGCGGCUGGAAGUGGAUACAUAAGAUAGAGUACUAAUUCUCUUAUAUUUUAUUAAUCCUUUUGAUAAAAUAGAUCUUAUUCUAAUUAAAUAUAUGUCAUUGUGGAUUCUUUAUUUGUAGCAUAUUUAUAUUGUAUUAUAUGUUAAAUAAAUACAGCGGUGUGCCAAUACUUUUUGCAGCCACAGUAUGCGAUGGAAACGGAUGUAAAAGAGAACUUCAUCGAAACGUUAAAUUAUUUAAUAAAGUCAAUUUUAUAUUCUAACCUACUUAGGAGUACAGAACGAAAAUUGUAGCAAGAAUCUCGAAAAACACGCGCACGGUAACUGGGUUGAUACUACUUAAAAUUGCAACGCGUCCCAAUAAAUUUUUACGUUCUGCAUGACGAGAGGAGUCGAGGACAUAAGUGCGGCCGCGAUGGCAGGACUCCUUUUGAAACGUGCAACGUUAUACACGCAACCGGCUCGUACAAACAUCCAUAUACAUAUUUCCCUCUUUUUUCUCAUUUUCUUCGCAGCAUUUUCGUUUUAUCACGCCAUGUGCAUUACCUACCUACACAAACAUAAACAUACAAAUACAGGUACAAAUAUAUUUCAUAUACAGAGAAGGAAAAAAACGCGGACCAGUGGCGACGGGCACGAGUAUAGUCGCCAGGCUUCUAGCGCAUUCACCGUGCCACGGGUUUGAUUAACGAUUCCACCCUCUGCAAAUGAAAUUGCCGCGGCCAUUCGUGGGUCUAUCUAGACUGGAUUCCGGUGCACCAGACACGGAUUAACGGAGCUUUAUACGCUUCUUUUAGGGCAGCGUGGAUGUUACAGCAGGCCGCACGAUCACGCCGCUUGCCCAUUCUCGGCCGGAGAUUGCAUACAAGCGAGUGGAUCUACUUGAAAUUCUCUGGCGUGUGACAAUUCCACCACUGUGUGGCCCCUCUUUCCCUUCCUUUCCACCCCGUCGCUUCGCCAGAAACACCCGAGGCCAUUGUUUUAUCCCGUGACGCAUGUACGUGUGGCUGGCUUAAUUAAUCUAAUUGGAGUGGUCGUGCGACUCGCAAAAGAAAAGGAGGAAACGGUCGUGCCCGUGCUCGUAGAUCUCGAACGACCGUGCUGUACACUCGCGGAGACGCGCGCGUUAAAAGGGCGAGAAGCGAAUCCAUUUCGCACUGGUACUUUUUGAUCGAUCGCACAAUAAUCCUGUCGUUCAACCAAAUUAAUGAGCACUGUCGAGCAUCGUCGUCGAUUCACUCGUCCUCGUAGUCGUCUCAUCGCGGAGAGCCUGUUGUCGCUGUGAUACGAACAACGAGAAAAAUUAACCGCGGCUCGCCGCGCCAACGAGCCACUCGUACGGAGCAAUUUCGCGGCCGCGGGACAGAAUUUUUCAUCGCAACCAUCUCGUUCCCGGAAUUUAUACGCGGUAGAUGCCCGCGAUUUAUCGGUUUCUCUCGUAGUUAAAUAUUCGCGACAGAGACAUUGGAAUAUUCUUUUUUGUUUUUUUUAUUCUGUUUCUCUUUUCGCCUUUUGUUGAUUUCUUUUAUUGGAACGGCUCGUUUUUUGGUCGAAACCGUUGUUGUGUUAAUUAGCGACGCUGAGAUGUAAAAUAAAUUCGUGGUAAUUUGACGAGCGAGAAACGGAGGACGAUAAAAUUCUGGAGACUCGAUACGUAAGUAAAAAAUUCAAAAGGGAAUUCAGUUAAAAACCGUAAUUUCUUUUGUAGCAGUUUUAUAAAGCGUCAACGUAAAGUUUACGAGGAUUUAAUCCCCUCGAUUUUUUGAGCUAUUCUUUAAUCUGAGUUUCAGUUUAUAUCGCAUAAAGUAAAUCUCAAGAGCAUAUAUCCUU